AUGAGACGUACUUUCACCGGGUCACAUUUAAAUGACGUUGUACGCCUCGACAAUCAUUACCCGUACACUAUCACUAAUGUUCACCAUGGUGAGCGUGUAUUGUCACUAAAUCUAUGCCCGAAUUAUCCAUUUGUAACGGACAUUCGACGCAUCUACAUUAGUGAGUCACGUUCAUGCGAUCAGCUAAAGAAACAAGUGAUCGAUGAAUUACGAAUCAGAAACAAAAGCCCGUGUGAUGUCUUUCUAUCGUUUCUUGAUGAUAAUGGAACAUGGAAUGGUAUCAAUGAUGCUUAUUCAAAACUGUCACUAUUUGCGUCGAAUAUUCAUGACAACGACUAUAUUGCUGCACAUUUUAGAUAUGUUCAGCAGCCAUUAUCGAUCGAUAGUCAGGCAGUAUUGUCAUUUCGAUUAUGCCGAAACACUCGUCUCAAACACAGUUUCAUCGAUAUGUACAUACGUGCUACAGUAACACUCUCAUAUUUAAAAGCCAUAGCUAUUGAUAAGUUAAAUAUCUACACAAAGCCAAAUGAAACGGUGACAUUGUUAUUGAACAAAGACAACAACGAUCUUUGGAUUGCAUUUGAUUCAAAAGUCGAAGAUUGCACACUUGAAGAAUUGGAAUUUAGGAAUAAUUCUUACAUCUGUGUUGAUAUCAAAUCAAUCACGUAUCUGCCAGGUGUGCGCGGACUACGAAAUACAGGCAACACUUGUUUCAUGAACAGUGCUUUGCAAUGUCUGAGCAAUGUACCACAACUCACCGAAUAUUUUCUAACAUCAACCGAUAUUUCUCAUACCCGAAUCGCGUGUGUAUAUAGUGAAUUGAUCAAAGCAUUGUGGUCUGAAGGCUCCUUGUCGCUAGCACUAGACACAUUCACAUUAGUUAUUCAAGCAGAUUUGCCACGAUUUGACAAUUAUAAACAGCACGAUGCUCAAGAAUUUAUGAAUUAUUUGAUUAAUAUUUUACACACGGAGCUGGCGAGUCAAUCAACAAUCAUCACUGAUCUCUUUUAUGGAAAAAUAAGGUCCACUGUUCACUGCCUCACUUGCAAGUCGAAUGAGUCGACUACAGAAGUCGUCAGUUUUCUUCCAUUACCUUUGACAAACAGAAAGAAAAAACAACGUCUAUUCGAAAUAAAUCAUGUAAAACUAAACGGUGACAGACAAUCAUGUAUUAUUGAGACGGAUUCAAAUGGGACAGUUUCAACACUCCUUCACAGUUUCAUUGAUUAUUGUAUUAACGAAAAUCAAGAUGAUAACGAUAUACCCGAUUUGGAGAGUUUGAUUGUUGCCAAAAUGAAUGGUAAUGAUGUCAAAAGCCAAUAUUCAUUAGAUGAGUCUUUAAAAAGUGUUGUCGAUAAUCAAAUUUCGGUAUUUGAAGUACCACUAAUGAUUAGUAAACAUGACCGAAUGUAUACACCGUGUUUAUUUCUUGACAAUGACUCACACUGUUACUUUCGUCCACCCAUUUAUCUUGUUACACCCAAAUCUAAUUGUUACGGUCAAGAUGUUGCGUAUCAAAUACAGAAAAUAAUCAAACAUAUUGUGUCUGUCACUGGUGAGAGACCAACAGAUGUCUUUUGGACGAGCUAUUCAAGUAAUUAUCAACGUCAUCUAGUAUCUUCGAUGAAUGAAAAUUUGUAUUCACUAAAAUCAAUCAUCAUCGAGACGUCACACCUGUGUGCUAAAGCAUACACUUCAAAAUCCAAGCAGUCGUCAGCGUCCAACACAUCGAUUAGUCAAGAGCUUACAUUGUCUAAUUUAAUGGAUGAUUUUUUGAAAGAAGCCGAUUUAGACGGUCAAUAUUAUUGCUCAAAAUGCAAAUUACAAACAGCAGCCAAACAAAAAUCUGAACUGUGCUCACCACUGCCACCUAUCAUAAUCAUUCAACUGAAACGAUUUACAUAUGACAUUUAUUCGAGUGACAAAAUAGAUACGUUCAUCGACUAUCCAGUAAAUAACUUUGACCUAGGUCAAUACGAGAAAGAUGCAAUUUACGAUUUGAUUAGUGUUAUAAAUCAUAUGGGAACACUGUCUUCGGGGCAUUAUCUUACAUAUUCAAAAAACCAUCGCACUCAAAAAUGGUAUUCGUUCAACGAUGAAGUCAUAAGAGAAAUCAAAGAUAACGAUGAAGGACAAUUGAUAACAAAAAAUGCAUAUGUACUUGUCUAUAUGAGACAAAAGCCGCAACUAGAAGAGCAAUUGAUAUCUUUCACUUAA